AUAAUAUAGUAUAGUGACAAAGUUGUAUGUUAUUAAUUUGUCGCUAUUCAAAAAUACUGAUAAAAACUAUAGUAACAACUAACAAGUACCAAGUGUAGAACUAUAACCAUCAUUAUGGAUUAGAAUGGUAUCUUUUUAAUAAAAUGCUCAAAAUCAAUAAUAUUUAGGUCCAACAUUGUACCUAUGUAACUAUGGCAACAUUGAAAAAGCUUUAUGCGGCAUGUUCAAUUGAACAAUAUUAAUUAAGCAAUGCACUUACUUCUAAUAAAAGAUUUAUAUGAAAUUAAACAAAUUUUACAUAAGAUAUUAUCCACCAGGUAAUAUUUUUUUACUUAUAUAGGUAAUAAUAUAAUAUAUUUUCCAAUUUUUAUGUCAAUUGUGCUUUAUAGGUAUUGUUUUUGAAUAUCAAAAGCGAAGGAAAAUAAAGCAAAAGAUUUUGGAUUUGUUUGAUAUUGAACGAGAAACAAAUGUAGAGAAACUAGCCGCUCAAAUUGCGAGAGAUGAACCAUUGAUAACUCCUAAAAUACUGCCUCAACUGGAAACGAUUUUGCAAAAACUUAAAGAUAAAACAUUGUUCAACAACCGAGAUAAUGUCCACAAAUCUUUCAAUGUUGACAAAACUCUGAGCAGUGGCCAUUUGUUACCAAUAACAAAUGUAUCCAUUGACAAGAUCGGAGAUAUUUGCGCCACAGGAAGCUAUGACCGAACAUGCAAGAUUUGGAACACCCGGACGGGUGAAGAGACAUCAACGCUCAUCGGACAUGAGAACGCAGUGUAUGUUGUGUCAUUGGCAAUUUCGGGAAGGGUGCUGACCGGAUCGUUCGACAAGACGGCGCGGAUAUGGUCGCUGGACAAUGAAGGCGAGUGCUUGUGCACUAUGCGUGGACAUUCGGCCGAAGUAGUCGCGGUGGCCGUUUACCGGUCUACGCAGACGGUGGCCACUUCAUCGAUGGACCAAACGACCAAACUGUUUAAUGCCGUUACAGGUCAAAACGUUGCCACAUUGAGGGGUCAUACUGGCGAAGUGGUGGUUAAUCAGUUUGAUAGAGAUGGAACGACGGUGCUCACUGGUUCUUUCGACAAAACAAUCAAGAUUUGGGAUGUCCGCACUGCCCAAUGUACAGCAACACUGUAUGGCCACACUGCUGAAUUGACUGCCUGUCACUAUGACUUCAGUUGCAGAGCAAUCGCCAGCAGUUCAUUGGACGGCACGGCCAAGUUGUGGGAUGUGAGGAAGACUGACAGCUGUUGUCACACUAUUGCCGGCCACACAGACGAGGUGCUAGACAUUUGCUUCGAUUCAGUUGGCCGUCGAGUGGCUACGGCGAGCAGUGAUUGUAGUGCUUGCAUCUGGGAUGUAAGCAGUGGAGACUUAAUUUCCGCAAUGAUUGAACACACAGGAGAAGUUACAAAAGUUUUUUGGGAACCCGCUGGACAUCAUCUGCUUACCGCAUCACAAGACCAUAGUUCUAUUAUUUGGGACACAGAAACCGGAGAAUGUUUACAAGAAUUAAAAGGGCAUACUGAUCAUGUAUUCUCGGUAUUAAUGAGCUAUUUAGGUGAUACAAUUUUGACGGCUUCUAAAGAUAAUACGUGUUGUGUUUGGCAACAAUUUAAUUCAAAAAAUAAUUAAAACAUAUAAUAUAAUUUAAUUCUAUUUUAAAUUUACCAAUUAUUAAUAGAAUAUUUAAUUAUAUCAGACUUUUUG